AAAAAAAAAAAAAAAAAGCAACCAUUUUCUAUUAAGAUUAAAAGAACACAGCACCAGCUCUUUUCAGAGAACCAGUAUGCAAAUUUUCAUUUGAACCUUUCGAUUCUAAACCAAAUCUAACUUAAAAAAAAAAAAGAAAAAAAAAAUUCCCAAACCCAUACUUAAAAAUCCAGAGUCUGUGAAAGUUCUUCUCCAUGCUCAAACUCCCACAAAACUUCGAACAUAAUUUACCUUUUAACAUCUCAAAAUAAAACAAGAAAAUUUCAGAAAAGAUCAACAAAGAAAAGAUCCUCAUGAGCUAUCAAAAUCUCUAGAUCUACCAUCAUGGUCACCUGCCUUGUUGAAGAUCUUCGAAAUCACCGUCUAGAUCUAUCAAGAUGCAGCCAUUUUCUUCCAUGGACCAACCCAUUUGGAUACCAGAUUCGUCGACCAAUAAUAGGAUGUUGGAUUCCGACGAGCCCAAAUUUCUAGGUUCGAAGGAACACAGAUCUAGGUUCCAACAAACCAAAAUGUUGAGUUCGCAUCUGGGUACGAAGGAAUCAGGUCGCCGCGUUUCGAAGAUCCUGAAUUUCUGGGUUUGAAGGAACUUGAAUGUGAGACUUGAGAGUUCCAAUUAACCUAAAUGUGAGGCUUUAAUCUUUGUUCUCUUUGCCAUGUCCUAUAAUCCCUCUACAAUAGAAGGCACAUGAAAUA